AAAAAAGGAGGAAGCCCAAGAACUUUCGUCGCGUCACGCAAUCGGAUCGCUGCCUCCUCUCCACCAGCUCUUGCUUCGCUUCUUCUUCUUCUUCGCUCGUUCUCCGUCGUCGUCGCUGCUUCUCGCUCGAUCACUCCCCCCCCCCCUCCCACCACAAUGGCGGUCCGGGCCGGUGCGACCAGUCGGAUCCUGAGCCGGAGCUCCGUGGUCGGGGCGAGAUCCGUGUCGUCGUGCUGGCGGAGCGUGGAGCCGGCGCCGAAGGACCCGAUCCUCGGGGUCACCGAGGCUUUCCUCGCCGACCCCAGCCCCGGCAAAGUCAACGUCGGCGUUGGUGCUUACCGCGAUGAUAAUGGGAAGCCGGUCGUUCUUGAGUGCGUUAGAGAAGCGGAGCGGAGAAUUGCCGGGAAUCUGAACAUGGAAUACCUUCCUAUGGGUGGUAGUGUGAAGAUGGUGGAGGAAACAUUGAAGUUGGCAUAUGGUGAGGACUCUGAGUUCAUCAAAGACAAAAGAAUAGCAGCAGUACAAGCUCUUUCUGGGACGGGUGCAUGCCGCCUUUUUGCUGACUUCCAGAAGCGUUUUUGUCCUGAGUCCCAGAUUUACAUACCUGUCCCAACCUGGGCAAACCACCAUAACAUCUGGAGAGAUGCCCACGUUCCUCAGAGGACCUAUCAUUACUAUCACCCUGAAUCUAAGGGUUUAGAUUUUGCAGCAUUAAUGGAUGACAUCAAGAAUGCACCGAAUGGUUCCUUCUUUCUACUUCAUGCGUGUGCUCAUAAUCCUACUGGGGUGGAUCCUUCAGAGGACCAGUGGAGAGAGAUUUCUUAUCAAUUUAAGGUCAAAGGUCAUUUUCCUUUCUUUGACAUGGCAUAUCAAGGAUUUGCUAGUGGUGAUCCAGAAAGGGAUGCAAAGUCGAUCAGGAUCUUUCUUGAGGACAGUCAUGCAAUUGGAAUUGCUCAAUCUUAUGCAAAGAACAUGGGACUGUAUGGUCAGAGAGUGGGUUGCCUCAGUGUUCUUUGUGAAGAUGAAAAACAAGCCAUUGCCGUGAAAAGUCAGUUGCAGCAGCUUGCUAGACCCAUGUACAGCAAUCCACCUUUGCAUGGUGCCGUCAUAGUGUCAACUAUUCUUAGCAAUCCAGACUUGAAGAGUUUAUGGCUCAAGGAAGUUAAGGUAAUGGCUGACCGAAUCAUUGGGAUGCGUACUGCCUUGCGAGAAAACCUUGAAAAGCUUGGGUCACCAUUAUCAUGGAAGCACAUAACCGAACAGAUUGGUAUGUUCUGCUACAGUGGGAUGACUCCAGAGCAGGUUGAUCGGUUGACAAAAGAAUAUCACAUUUACAUGACUCGUAAUGGCCGUAUAAGUAUGGCAGGUGUAACCACUGGCAACGUUGGAUAUCUGGCAAAUGCCAUCAACAUGGUCACGAAAUCUUCUUAGUACCUAAUCGAGGAGACGUCAGUCCUUGAAUAAUGCUACUCUCGAUUUGCAUUCUCCAUAAAGUAGUUUGCUGUCAUCAUGAGUGUCAUGAGAUUUUCUUUCAGUUCCCAUCUUGUUGCAGUUAGGAAGAUGGGCAAUAGCAUGCGCACGAUUUAGAGCACCCCCCUGUUGUUUCUUGACUAGUUUCAUUCUUUUCCCCGUGAGAAUUGGGGAUUGUAACUUUUACAGCUACAGGUGAACCGUUAAAAUAAAAUCCAAAUUAUACUCGUGUUUCCAA